GUGAGAGUUCAUCUGCUUGGGCCAUCACGACCGAAGAAUGAUUGCUGCAAUCUGUUGAAGAGGACUGCGAAGUGCUACUCAUAUGAGGGUUGUUCUUUUGUUUCAAUUCAUUCUACUGAAAGGAGGGAAGCUCAGCGUGUGUAGGCUGUGUUGAGUGGAGUGGAAGUAGUACUGAAAGGAUUCCAAUGAAAAGGGGACGCACAGCCGUUGAAAGACCAACAGGAGGGAGGAAGCCAGAGAGGUGGCUGUUUGUGUAGCGACUAGGAGAAGGAAGGAAGCGGGUAUUGGUUGUGUGGGGUAAAGGACGACGACGAAUUAGGGGAGAGCAGAGGUAUGGCUUUCCGCGUCAAACUGAAGGGCGCAUAUGGGCUUGACUGCCCGGAUGUUGUCCUCCGAUGUGUAGUUGGCGGGUUAAUCGCGACGACAGUCGUGGCUAUUUGGAUCUAUUGCUUCUGGCCCGUAGUCCUUUUUCUAACUGAAGCUAUCCCAAUCCUGUCAGUGGAGGCAUGGCAGUUCGCCACCGGGUUCUCCAUCGGCCUGAUUGGCUGGAUUGGGUUCUCAUGCUGGACGACGAGUGUUCAUUGCAUCUGGACAAGUAUGCGGGUGAAGAAAGAGGUAGCUCGGCGCAUGAUCGAGAUGGUAGAUGACUGGGAACAUGUCGGCUCCGUCCUCGAUGUCUGCUGCGGAAGAGGCCUUCUGCUCAAUAGCGCGGCGCUUGCCAUGAAGCAUUUCCAGUCCACAGAUGUAAACCCGAUCGACGACGAGAAGACAGAGUCAGGAGGUAGGGGAGGAGGACAAGCGGACUCGGGUACAGGAGGACAAGAGUCUGGAGAGACUUUAAGUGCCGGCGCUGAGACCAUACUAAAGCAGUCCAAAAGAUUGCAUGCUGGAACCACACCCUCCAGAGUAAGGGAAGCUCUCGGCGGCAGCAGGAAAUCCAAGAAGGUAUAUGGCGUAGACAUAUGGCGGCCAUCCGAUUUGACUCAGAAUUCUCAAGUCGUGACGGUCUACAACGCGUCUGUCGAGGGAGUCGCGGGGCUAGCCGACAUUCGUACCGCAGACGCCCGCGAGCUCCCUUUCCCCAAUUCCACAUUUGAUGUGGUUUUCUGCUCCCUCUCUCUCCAUCUUGUUGGGGCCGAGUUCGGGAGACGCACCGCCCAGGCCCGUAAGGAGCGGUCGCGUGCUCUUAUGGAGAUGGUUCGCGUUGUCAAGCCAGGGGGAAUGAUACUGAUCUGGGAUAUUUUCCAUUUCCUUGAGUAUGUGGAGUUGCUUAAUGACCUUAAGACCAUUGAGAGGGUAACAAUGUCGGAACCUAUUCGAGCUUUCAUGCUCAAGAGCCAUAUCAUAUGUGCUACAAAGAGGAAGAGGUAGCCUUUGCUGGCAGAGAAGGAAGGGAGAGGAAGAGAAGGGAGGGAGAGGACAAGGGGUAACAUUGUAGAAAGUUAGAAACCUAUUCAAGUAUUCAUGCU